CCCACUGGAGUUCUGCAACGUGCGUCAACCCGAAUAUCUCACCGCCUUCCUUGGGGCCUUCCAUCCCACCGUCUCCAUUCUCAGGGCGUCUUCUACAGUCUGGUCUAAUCUUUUGUUUUUGUUUUUAGAUAGAGAUUCUUUGCUCUCUCCCGAGUUUCCUACAGUUUUUGAUAGAAACCUGGGGAGAAAAAAAGGUUCCGGAAAAUAAUAAUAAUAAUCGCACCCUGGUUCGGUGUUCCUCGCUCGCCACCGGGAGCAGGCUUAGGUCUAGCACGGAAGUAUUAAUUUCUUCUGAUUUCCGAUUAUGAAUUGCCCGACUCGAGAUCCGGAACCGACUGGUAUGAGUGCCCUAUCACUUCGGUUCUCCUUAACGACAGCCAUACCAAGGCCUGGUGAUGGAUGAAAGCACCGUGUACACCGUGUUAACGUCAACUUCUUCAUCUAGGGAAUCCACUCUUCAACCAGAAUCCUCCGGAACUCGACAAAACUCUAACCACCCGCUCUUCCCUCGUAUGUGGUGGCGGUAGUCUUAGCGAUGAUGAAUAUAACUUGGGUUUGCAUAUUAUGGCAUUGUUUCUCGUCCUGGCUCAAUCCUCGUUUGGUACUUGAGCAGUCCCCUUUGACCACCCCGAGCCCCAUGAGGCUGACAGGUCUUUGCAGCAUGUGCAUUUCCACUGAUCGCGAAAAAAUUCCCCCGCCUCCGCAUCCCCCCAUCCUUCCUCUUCGGCGCUCGUCACUUUGGCACGGGAGUCCUGAUUGCAACUGCCUUCGUCCACCUUCUCCCCACCGCCUUCAUCUCUCUCACCGAUCCAUGCCUUCCCGGGUUUUGGAAUGAUAAAUAUCCUGCCAUGGCAGGAGCGAUCGCUAUGAUGGCUGUAUUCUUUGUUACUAUCGUUGAAAUGGUAUUCACCAGGGGGCUCUGCAAGGGGAACUGUUCGGACACGGACAAGCGAGAUGCGAGGCUCGAGGCUGGCAACACCUGCUGCGAUUCUCAGGAUGCCAAUGAGGAAUAUGGAGGAACGGAUGGGGCGGGUCGAAAGCGGUCUGACGGGGGAAGAUUGGGGGGCGAGGGGAUGGGUGGGAAAGGCGGGCUUGGUGGGAUGGGGUUUGGGAUGGCUGGGAAACGGAGGUCUCGGUCCCACUCGUUCGGUCAACGAUUACAAAAGUAUGAGGAAAUGGAGGAGAAAGGGAGGCAAAAAGAGGUAUCCCCGACUGCUAAAAAUAAUGACAGUAGUCUCACUGUCGUUGGAACUCCCGGCGCUGGCGAUGCGAUCUUGGAGAUGACCAACACCUACGAGAGCCAAGAGGAGAGCGUGAUUGAAUAUGAGAGCCCGGGUCGUGUUGCUGUGGAUGCGUUCAAGACAUUGCCCGGGGCCACUCAACUGACCCCGGAGCAAGUUCACAAGAAGGCCCUACUUCAGUGCGUAUUGUUGGAAAUGGGAAUUCUCUUCCACAGCGUAUUCAUUGGAAUGGCAUUGAGUGUUACUGGCGGGCCUGGCUUUGUUAUCCUUCUGAUUGCCAUUAUCUUUCAUCGUAUGUUUGUUCCGUUGCAUUCUUGUUGACGGCAAUCUGAUUGGCAAACAGAAACCUUUGAAGGAUUGGCCCUCGGCUCUCGUAUUGCGGUUCUUAACUGGAAAAGCGGUGCGCUCCAGCCCUGGCUUAUGGCAGUUGCAUAUGGCUUGACGUAAGUUCCCCUGCUUUCUUGCCUACACUGUGCUCUGACUUAUGCACGGGUAGUACGCCUGCUGGCCAGGCCAUCGGUCUCGCAACUCAUACCCUAUACUCCCCAUCAAGCCAAACAGGCCUUUUAAUGGUUGGAAUAAUGAAUGCAAUUUCAUCUGGUCUGCUCGUAUUCGCCGGCCUUGUGGAACUCCUCGCAGAGGACUUUCUUAGUGACGAAAGCUGGCGAGUAUUAACAGGGAGAAAACGAAUUAUAGCAUGCAUAUAUGUUAUGGCUGGGGCAUUCGGAAUGGCGUUUGUGGGAGCUUUUGCUUGAGCAAACCUUUUCCUUUCCCCCCCCUUUUUUUUCCAGGGAAUUUUUGUCUUGUAUGUCGUAUGAUGCUGGCCAACGGUGAUUGAUUGGUUUGACUGGUUCGAGUUAAACCUUUACGCCACCCUGAUAAUUACGAUGAACAUUCAGCGCGGUAUUCGGAUUGCAUGAAAAUAAAAGAGAUUUUUCGUGGUACAAGAUGUAAAGUAGGAUAAUGCAAGGGAAAUGUUUUGGUGCA